AUGAAGUCCAUGUACAUUGGACUGGCAGCAGCUGCCUUGUCGUGGACAGGCGUGCUGGCCAGCGAGAGCAACAACGCCAUUCCCAACGAAGCCCUCCUCGCUCGUCGCCCUCGUGUGCUCCAGAGCCGCCACCGAAACGGCACCACUGACUACGCCCAACUUGGUCUUCGUCAGGAAGGUGGCAGAUGCGGAGCGGGAGUUGGACGCUGCCCCGAUGGGCAGUGCUGCUCCGACUAUGGCUUCUGCGGUUUGACCGUUGACCACUGCCAUCCUCUGUUUGACUGUCAAGCCCAGUAUGGUGUCUGCGGAUGGCCUCCCCCGGUGCCUGCCACCACAUCGACUCCUCCCCCCCCCCCAACGACCACGUCAACCCCCCCACCCCCUCCCACCACCACUUCCACCACUUCCACCACUUCCACCACUUCCACCACUGCUCCCCCGCCUCCUCCUACCACUACAAGCAGUGUGGUUGUAAUCCCCCCGAGCAGCACCUCAUCAACUCCCUCUGUUCCCCAGCCUACUGGUCCCCUGGUUGUGACCACCAAUGGCCAGUGCGGAAACGGCACCAUGUGCAUUGGAAACCCCAACUACGGCCCUUGCUGCUCGCAGUAUUUCUGGUGCGGUUCCUCAAUUGACUUCUGCGGUGCCGGCUGUCAGUCCAACUUUGGUGCUUGUCUCGGCAUCCCUGGUCUGCCCGGAACUCCCAUCAACGGCACGACCACAAGCACCUCGCCCGUUGUCCCGCCCACGACUACAUCCACCCCGGUUGUUGUGCCUCCCACCACAACCUCCUCCACCACCACCACCAGCACCACCACCACGAGCUCGACUUCCACCAGGACCACCUCCACCACUUCUGUCGCGCCCACUCCUACCCUGGUCCUCCCACCCGGUCAGAGAUCUUCUACCGACGGACGCUGCGGUAGCGGUCAGAACUGCUUGGGUUCCACCUUCGGAAGAUGCUGCUCGCAGUUUGGCUGGUGCGGCGAUGGCGAUCAGUACUGCCCGUAUAUUGUCGGGUGCCAGCCCGAGUUUGGCUACUGCGAUCCCAACUAA